AUGGCAUCGAGACUCGCGGCAUGCGAAUCCUGUCGCAAGGCUAAGCUAGCCUGCGAUCAUCAACAGCCCGUGUGUUCGCGAUGCCAGAAGAGUCGUGGCGUGUGUAUCUACCGCACGGCCCCAUUCAAGCGGCGGCGGGUCGAGAAACCGAGCGUGCGAUCGCCUGAUCCAUCGCCUUCAUUCGAGCCCCGGCGCAAUCUAUAUCCGAAUCCUGGAUACUUAGGCUCAUCGAGUCAUGCUGCCAUUUUCAAGCAUAUCACCCCAUCUACGGACGGUGAGCAAAGCACGAGUAACCAACUACUGGGCUCCGAUAACGUGAGCUCGCAAUGGAUCGGUGACAAUCACCUGCUACUGCAGGGUGCAGAUGUCCUGCGACAUCUAUUAACUACUUACUCCUUAUCGGCGAUGAAAGACCUCGUCUUGUUCUGGCUAGCCAAGGGUGCAAAUUUAGCCCUCGCAGAACCAUUCGUUGCACAAUGCGCCGAGAGUGUCAGUCAAUUAUUUGCAUCGCAUGAUGAACAGUGGCAUUUGGUAUAUGCACAGCGUUUACUACGGAAUUCCGCACGGCCACUGCAGUUUGAUUCAGCAUCGGAUCUCGAGAGCUUUUCAACGCAGUUUCUAGACCAUAAUGCCAGGUGGGAAACGUUGGGGAUUUUCUUUGCGGCUGUGAGCCGAGCAACGAUUGAUAUCCCAUUCUUUCCGGUGCUAUACAAUUCUGAGGAGCAGCAGUAUACGUUGAGACGCCUUGCCACUAAACUGAGUGAUUUUUCAUUGGAGAUCUCCUUGUCGCUGGAUUGUCUUAAUGACUUGCAGCUGAUGGUACAGUACGAGAAUUUUAUUGUACAUUCUUACGUGGAUGGUGAUCAGAGCUAUCACACUUGGCGCAAGCUUGGAGACGUGAUUUCCUCAACCUUCGCCCUGGGAUACCAUGAGAACCUCGAAGCAAAGCCUGGAAUCCCAUUGUUUCUUAUGGAACUGCGCAAGACAGCAUUUGCUAGGAUCUACUCUGCAGAUAAGAACAUCGCCAUUUUCCUUGGCCGCCCACCACGAAUGAAUAAACGCUUUUGUCACUUCCAGAUUCCAUCUGACGGAACGAUAGUACGCUCACUGGGAACUCGCUUCACCUGGAGCCAGGACGCAAGGGCUGGUUAUAGAGCAGACACGUGCUGGUCUGCUCUUUGUGCUUCCUUGAAAGAGGAGGUCUGGGAAUUGCUGCAAGAUAAGCAGGAUGCUGAUUGUGUGCGGAGGGCAAGCCUCAUUCAGCGAAGAGCCGAAGAACAGUGGGAGGCUCUCCCACCACAGUUCCGUCUGGAGAGCAGCCUGAAGCAGUGUGCGCAGAGCCCCUUUGAUCGAGACUUCUUAGCACACGUUCGACUUAACCACCUACAUGUCCUAUUUUUGCUGCGGCUUCUGCUUCUAAACACGCUCACUGAGCCUGAUAUCCCUAUUAUCGAGACAGCGGGACAAAUGCUAGCUCUCGUGGUGGAACUCAUCCUGCUACGAGACCAAUUGACCAAUUCAGGGACCGGUCUCAUCUGGAAGGUCGCAUACUACGGCCUCCCAGCAGCAGGAAUAAUCCUCCUAGCAUUACUAAAACAACACUCCCACUCCGCACCGGGAAUAUCGCGAACGAAAAUCCUCCGAGAUCUGAGCGUCUUCGUCGCAGAGGUCCAAAUCGGAACGAUAGUGAAAACCGGGGAUCCGAAUUAUGCGUUGCUAUCAAAAGCCACGCAAACGAUUCAGCGGUUCCUGGACUCGUUCAAUUCAGAUGCUGGGCAGCCUCAUGAUGCCGGGACUGAUGAUGCGAAUGAAGAUUGGGCAGCUUUGUUAAGUCAGGAUUUGUGGGAUUUCGAGGCUGGGUUUUGGCAGAGUUUGGCUGAUCAUCCGUCGCUUUUGGUGCUGGAUCCUCCUUUGCCUGGUGUGUGA